AUGGCUACCCGUGUGGCUGUCAUCCAAUGGCAUAUCAAGAACCUCGACAUGCCCGCCAACCACCAAACGGCAUGCACAUACAUCCGCUCCGCCGCAUCCCAAGGCGCCAAACUUGCCGUUUUACCAGAAUAUCAUCUGAACGGAUGGGAGCCUACCUCCCCCCUGUGGCGCGAGCAAGCGCGAGAAUCACAAAGCUAUCUGACCUCGUACGCCUCUCUCGCCAAGGAACUCAACAUCUGCAUUGUUCCCGGCACGGUGAUCGAAGAACACGUCUCCGAAGAAGGGAAAACGAUAUACUACAACGUAGCGUAUUUCCUAUCCAACACGGGGGCGGUGCUAGGCUCCUAUCGGAAAAAGAACAUCUGGCACCCCGAACGACCGCAUCUGACCUCCUCGUCCGAGGAGAGACAUGUCGCCUUCGACACGCCGAUCGGCAAAGUCGGCCUGCUAAUCUGUUGGGAUCUGGCUUUCCCCGAAGCCUUUCGCGAGCUGAUUGCCGCGGGGGCAGAGAUGGUCAUCGUCCCGACGUACUGGACGCCACUCGAUGCCGGCGAAAACGCUAGAUCGUAUAACCCGGACUGUGAGAAAUUGUUUCUCGAGACAACCCUCACCUCGCGCUGUUUCGAAAACACAUGUGCGGUCAUCUUCGCGAAUGCCGCGGGGCCGCAGGACCGGUUUCUCGGUUUGUCGAGGGUGACGAUGCCCAUCAUAGGCGUGCUGGGGAGUAUGGGUUGCGAAGAAGGGUGUCUUGUUCUCGACAUGGAUAUGGAGCUUGUACGCAUCGCGGAGGAGAAUUACAAGGUUCGGAAAGAUAUCGGUGGCGAUGAAUGGCAUUAUGUGUAUCGCUAG